GGGUGGCGGGCCGAGGGCGGGGCUCUAGCGCCCCCUGUCGGCGCCGACAGGCCCGCGGGCAGCCCACGCCACGGUGGCCCCGGUGCUCCCAGAGCUCUGGCCUCCGCCGCCCCGUGUGGAGGGAUGCUGCCUGUGCUUGAUCAAGGCGGGAGGGAGACAGAGGCCCGCUACGUGCUUACUCAAAGCUACAAGCCAGACAGUCCAUCGACCACGUAAGGUACUGCUGCGAUACCCGUCUCCGGUGGGCUCCCGCCCGGGCGGCGCAGCCUGCCUUACUGUCAGCGCUGCCGGCCCUGGUGUGCUGCGGGUCACGGCCACGAGCCGCCCCGCCCGGGCCUGCCCGAGGGACCUGCCUACCGGCAGCUGAUAGGCCGUCUGCGAACAACACUUAAAGCGCUGCCUCACCUGAUUGGCUCGGCUGUCCCCUCUCAGUGCCUUGUGGGAGUUGUGGUUCGCGCCUGGUUCGCGGCUCUGGCGCUCUGCGUGCGGGAACUACGCCUACCGUCAGCCUUUGCGGGCAGCGCUCAUCCGGGUCCCCUGCUGUCCUGGCGGCCUGCCCAAUCGGCACGCACCGAGGGCGUGCCCUGGGCGUUGAUUGGUCGAUUCGGACCGACGAGCUCUGUUUGAAAUCCGUUAACGGCGGCGGCGGAGGCAGCGCGCGGGGCGGCCGCGGCGCUGAGGACUGUAGCAGUGCAAGCGGAGGACUCGCAGGGACAGCGUGAAGGUGAAGAUGUCUCACCCAGAAUCUCGCUAUUCCUUUGAUGUCCCAAACCCUUGCAUCAACUUUGCGACUCUGAGCGAUGAUGACAUACACAAUCCAGACUCGUGGUUUGACCAAAAAGCCAAUCUGGAGAAUGUCCCUCCUGCAGAAAAUCUGGCAAAGGUCUUGCAGAACAGCCCUGCUUUUUCAAAGUCUGAUAUUGUUCUGUCUUCUGUCACAUCACAAGGAGUAACAAUGAGUGAAAGCCAUGAUGAAGUGGAUGGAGAAGCAGAAGGCAUGCAGACCGAUGUGGUUCCUCAGAAUAUUGUUGGAUCCCUGGAGACCUGGAGAGCUGCUGCUCCUGCAGAAGCCUCUCAAAGAGGGGGCAGAAGACAGGCUACAAAGCAGAGAAAAACACAGCAACGCAAACAGCCAAUUAGAAUCAAAGCGGAGAGAAAUGCUAAUGCCUUGGUUAAUACAGAAGAGGUUCCACCCCUGAAAAAAAUGAGAAUCCUUAGAGUACCAGGGAAAACUAGAGGAGCUAUACCUGGGCCUGUGGUGAGUUCUAGCAGCAGAGAGAAGCUGACAGAAGUAUCCACGAAGAGAGAGCCCCUGGAGAAUCCUGACCUCUCCCCGGGGAGAGGGAAAAACAAACUGACCGUGCCCUCCAAGCCAACAAUGUUAAAGAGGACCAAUGUUUCUGGCAAGCUGAAGAGUACAGAGGAGCAGGAGCUGGAGAAGAUGCAGCAGUUGCAGCGGGAGGUUAUGGAGCUGCGGAAGAGGAACGAGGAGUCUCUGAAAGCAGCUAUUGCUGGAGCAGGACAACCCGUGAAGAGAGCUGUCGGUCAAGUAACAAAGCCAGUUGACUUCCACUUCUGCACAGAGAGUAGAAUUAAACAACAUGUGGAAAGUCAGCCUGGGAAUGAGUACAAGGAAUUGGAUUUUGCAGCGGUACUGAGAAAGCAUCCUCCCUCUCCGGGGCGAAUGCCGAAGGGACCCACUGUCCCCAAACCUUUCAACCUGUCCCAGGGAAACAAAAGAAAACUCGAAGAAACCACAUCAGAAUAUGUGUCCCUUGCUGAGCAGGUAGAAGCAUUCCAAAAGCGCACACCCUCUCGUUACCAUUUGAGGAGCAGGAAGUCUGAUGAAGGCCCAGUUCCAGGAAAGGUUGUGAAGGCUCGGAUUACAAACCCUAAAACGCCAGUGCUUCUAACAAAGCAGCGCUUCAGACCUGCCACCUGCAAAACUACAGCAGAGUUAGAAGCAGAGGAAUUGGAGAAAAUUCAACAGUACAAAUUCAAAGCACGAGAACUCGAUCACAAGAUCUUUGAGGGUGGACCACUCCUGCCCAAGAAGCCCCCUGUGAAGGAACUCACGCAACCUAUUGGCUUUGAGUUGGAAAUAGAAAAAAGGAUUCAGGAGCGUGAGAGUAAGAAGCAGCAGGAGGAAGAGCACUUUGAAUUCCAUUCCAGACCAUGUCCAACAAAAAUCUUGGAGGACAUUGUGGGUGUUCCAGAGAAGAAAGCGCUGCCUGUUACAGUCCCCAAGUCCCCAGUCUUCACCUUGAAAAGCAGAACCCGAGCGUCUGGCAGAGAUGAAGAAAAGGAAAAAGAGGUGGUCCCUGUGAUCAAAGCUAACCCGAUGCCACAUUAUGGAGUGCCCUUCAAACCUAAAAUGCCAGAGCAGAGGCAUGUGGAAGUUUGCCCCUUCUCUUUCGAUGCUCGUGACAGAGAGCGGCAAAUACAAAAAGAGAAAAAAAUAGAAGAAAUGCAGAAGGAAGAGGUGCCAAAGUUCAAAGCGCUACCUCUACCUUACUUUGACCACGUUAAGCUGCCAGAAAAGAAGGUCAAAAACCCAACUCAGCCUGAGCCGUUCAAUCUGCAGGUUGAUGAACGGGGAGCUGCCAAGCUGCAGAGCUGGAAACAGCAGCUUAAAGACGACCUGAAAAGGCAGAAAGAGGCAGCAUGUUUCAAAGCUCGUCCCAACACGGUGGUGUACCAGGAGCCUUUUGUGCCUAAGAAGGAAAAUACGCUGUUAUCAGUUCCUGAAAGCUUUGAGCUGGCAACAGAAAAAAGAGCUAAAGAGCGGCAAGAAUUUGAAAAGCGAUUGGCAUAUAUAGAAGCCAUGAAGGAGAGGCAUCAGGAGCAGUUCAGACAGCAACAAGAGGAGCGUGAAAAGGAAGAAGUUGCUAAGCUAAGACAAGAACUGGUUCACAAGGCAAACCCAAUACGCAAAUACCGCAGCGUAGAAGUGAAGCCCAGUGAUCAGCCACUGACUAUGCCGAAGUCUCCCAACUUCUCGGAUAGAUUCCGGUGCUGACAACACAUCCAUGUGAUAGUAGGAGGGAGAUCUCGUCCCUCUCCACUCUCUCGACAGGCAGAGAGGGAACCGUUGUUUUUGCGUGACUGCUCAGUCUCAACUCCUAUACUUGGUUCCGUUUAUUGUUACAUUGAGUAGUUUAACUCCACCUGAGGCAGGUGGCUGAGGCACGGCAUACAGGCAGUGCCUUACGGCCUUGCUUCGCAUCUAGACAUCUUGUUCACUAAAGACUAAACCAGGUUUUAUAUUGUAUACAAAUAUUGUGUACCUGAACUAAAUAAAAAUUCCUGACCUGA